ACGCUAACACCUUUUUGGCUCCGUGCUCUUAGCCUCAGACGUCAAAUCCUCUCGAGUAGGUGCCUGAAAACCCUAGCGUUUCUCUUUUCCAUUGGGGCACCUCAAAUCCGUCGAUUGUAUUUGAUCCCCUUUGUUAUUCUUCUUGGUUGGUAAGUUUCGUUGUUUCGUAUGGCAACCUUGAAGGAACUUCUUCCCCAUCCAAAGUCGACAACCACUGGUGUCUAUGACUUCUCAUCAGACCCAUGGUUCAAAGAUCGCUUCAUUGACCCUGCAAAAUCCAGUAUUAAUUCAGCUUCCAAAGCCAAACCCAUCCCUCCUUAUGGGAAACGAGCUGGUUUUGUUCCUCGAAAACCUGAAGAUUUUGGAGAUGGUGGGGCCUUUCCUGAGAUCCACAUCGCCCAGUAUCCACUUGGUAUGGGCCGAAAAGAAGAGAAGAGAGACUCAAAAAUCCUUCCCCUCACUGUAGAUGCACAUGGUAAUGUUGCGUUUGAUGCCAUAGUCAAACAAAAUGAGAAUGCAUCCAAGAUUGUCUAUUCGCAACACAAAGACUUGCUCCCAAAGUUGAUGAAUGAUGAGGAAAAGAAGGAUGAAGAAGAAGAAGAAGAAAUAGCAAAUACAACACAGAGAACAAAGGAAGCUUUGGAGAAGAUAGUGAAUGUUCGUUUGAGUGCUGCCCAACCAAAGAAUGUUCCCCAACAAUCCACCGAUGCCACGUUCAUCAAAUAUAAACCGUCACAACAAUCAGCUGCAUUCAAUUCAGGUGCAAAAGAGAGGAUUAUUCGAAUGGUCGACAUGCCUGUUGACCCACUCGAGCCCCCAAAAUUCAAGCACAAGAGGGUGCCUAAAGCCUUGGGUUCGCCCCCUGUUCCUGUUAUGCAUUCACCACCUCGUCCUGUUACAGUGAAAGACCAACAAGACUGGAAAAUCCCACCAUGUAUCUCUAAUUGGAAGAACCCAAAAGGGUACACGAUCCCUUUAGACAAGCGUCUUGCUGCUGAUGGGCGAGGGCUCCAAGAGGUUCAGAUCAAUGAUAACUUUGCAAAACUCUCAGAGGCCUUGUAUGUUGCAGAGCAAAAGGCUCGAGAAGCUGUAGAGAUGAGGUCUAAGAUACAAAGGGAGCUCAUGCUCAAAGAGAAGAAUAGGAAGGAGCAAGAGUUACGUGCUCUUGCUCAAAAAGCAAGGUCAGAGAGGACUGGGGCAGGGCCUGUAGUUGCCGCCUCAGAUAAAGGUGCGAUCGAUGGGGCCGAGGAGGUCACCCCAUCUUUUAAUGGAGGUGAGAGAAGGGGAGAUUUCGAUAGGGUAAAAGAAAAUAUUAGAGAGACAAAGGAGGGGAGAGAAGAGAGGCUGAAGCGGGAAGCGAUUCGUGAGGAAAGAAGGCGGGAGAGAGAGAGGGAGAGGAGAUUGGAGGCAAAGGAAGUAGCCAUGGGUAAGAAGAGCAAGAUAACGAGGGAUAGGGAUAGGGAUAUUAGUGAGAAGGUUGCUCUUGGUAUGGCCACUACUGGCAGGUCGGGUGAAGUCAUGUAUGACCAAAGGCUUUUCAACCAAGAGAAGGGUAUGGAGUCUGGGUUUGCAACCGAUGACCAAUACAACAUAUAUGAUAAGGGUUUGUUCACUGCUCAAUCUACGCUCUCUACUCUCUAUAGGCCCAAGAAAGAUGCUGAUUCUGAUAUGUAUGGAGGAGCGGAUGAGCAGCUUGAAAAGGUUUUGAAGACUGAUCGAUUCAGGCCUGACAGAGGGUUUGAAGGGGCUAGCGAGAAGACGGGGCCUAGAGAUAGGCCUGUUGAGUUUGAGAAAGAAGCAGAAGAGGCUGAUCCUUUUGGUUUGGAUCAGUUCUUGACAGAGGUGAAGAAAGGGAAGAAGGCUAUGGACAAAAUCGGGGGUGGCGGUACCAUGAAGGCCAGUGCUGGUGCUGCAAUGAGGGAAAGCUACGAGGGGGGGUCGAGCAGGACACGUGUCGACUUUGAAAGAGGACGGUGAAGAAAUCUUCAUUUCCCCUUAGAAAUAGUGAAAGGAGAUCGCAUGUGAAAUGAUAUAAAUGAGUGAUUUAAAAAAUGGAUUGGUGAUUCAAUCAGGCACCCCAAAAAUUGGUUUGGAUUAGUGAAUCGGCAGUCUUGCCGUUUUAUUGUGUGGAAAAAACAAUGAACCGGUGAAAAAACACAUGAAAAGACGAACUAGUCAAAAACUAGUUUGGAUCGGUGAAUCGGCAGUUUGGAUCACCGUUUUACUAUAUAAAUUUGUUGUUUUACUAUGCAGAACCGUCGGUUCCCUUCUAAACUUGGCUAUUUUCUUAUAUGUACACUGACCAAUUCCCAGGUCGGAUGGGGGGAUUUUGUGCUGACCCAGUGUUUCUUAAAUCCCUGUAUUUGUAUUUGCUUUUUUUUCCUUCUCCGUAAAUGUGCAUGGAACUAUCGUACUGAUUUUCC